GUGCUGAUUUAGUAUACAAUGCCCUUACAGCUGUUAAUAAAGACUUGUUAAAGACUUCAAUUAAAGUUAAAUAUUUUAUUGAUGAAAAUGUAAAAGAAAAAAUACGAAUAUUGUCUUCAAUUUUGGAAACAGAUGAAAAUAAACAUACUGAUUUAACAUCUUUCAGUUUGAGGUCUAAAGAUCCUGAAUGGUUUCAAGAUUUGGACACACGAGCAAAAACUAAAGAAGAAUUCAUGUUCAAACGCUGCCAAGAUCGAAUACGAGGUUAUAUGUACAAAACAAAAACAGACAUGAUAAAAUCGGAUAUUUAUUUAAAACAUUCAAAGUGUCGACAAUAUUUAAAUGAAGUAUACAAAAAAUUCAAUGAACUUUUAACUAAAAACAAGCAUCAUGGAUAUUAUUUUGAUAGAUCAGAUUCAAAUUGUUUAUGUGACAAAAUUGGAACAUUUACUUGUCAAGGUGCAUGGAAUCUAAGUUCUUGUUCUUAUGAACGAGGUACAGGUCACAAAAUCAAUCCAUAUCAAAACAGAGAGAGUAGAAUUAUAUUUUCUACUUGGAAUUUAGAUCAUUGGAUGGAACGAUCUAGAACUGUUAUACCAGCAUUAUUUGAAGCUAGUAUGAUGGCAUCUGAAGCGUGCCGCUCAAUAAAUAUGAAAUAUUUCUAUGAUUUGCUUUUUACAACUGUUAAUCUUAAGCUUGUACACAUUGUAUGCCAUGACAAAGGUCAACACGAUAGUGCCAAAUGUAAUCCUAAUCUGUAUUUAAUAGAUGAGCAGGUAAUCAAAACCAACAUUAAUGAAAGUAAGAAUGGUUUGAAUAGAACAAAAAAAUAUCAAGAAUCAAUUAGUAGUAAGUAAGUUUUGACAUGGAUUCGCUUCAAGAAUAUUAUGACCAAUUUAUUCGUGAAUUUCAUUAUACUCAAUAUGAAUCUUAGUAAUUUACAAUGUGAUCACCAAUAUUUCUUUUUUUUUCUUCUUGUUUUAGUGUUGUAUUUUUUUACUUUUAGGUU